AUGUCAGCGUGGAGCAACGGCAGCUCCAACGUGUCCUACACCAGCUUCCUCCUGGUGGGCUUCCCGGGGCUGCAGGAAUCCCGCACCCUCUUGGUGCUGCCCUUCCUCAGCCUCUACCUGGUGAUCCUCUCCGCCAAUGCCCUGGUCAUUCACACGGUGGUGGCCCAGCGGAGCCUGCACCAGCCCAUGUACCUGCUCAUUGCCCUGCUCCUGGCCAUCAAUGUCUGUGCCGCCACCACCGUGGUGCCCGCCAUGCUGUUCAGCUUCUCCACCCACUUCAGUCGCAUUUCCCUGCCUCGCUGUCUGCUCCAGAUGUCCUGCAUCUACUUCCUCAUUGUCUUUGACUGUAACAUCCUCCUGGUCAUGGCCCUAGACCGCUAUGUUGCCAUCUGCUACCCUCUUCGCUACCCCGAGAUAGUGACAGCCCAGUUGCUGGCUGGCCUGGUGGGGGUGGCAGCUGCCAGGAGCACUUGCAUUGUUGCUCCAGUGGUGGGGCUGGCCUCCCGGGUUCGCUUCUGCCGCUCAGACGUGAUCCACCACUUUGCCUGUGAGCACAUGGCCCUGAUGAAGCUCUCCUGUGGGGACAUCUCCCUGAACAAGACUGUGGGUCUCAGUGUCCGCAUCUUCAACAGAGUCCUGGACAUGCUGCUGCUCGGAGCCUCCUACUCCCGCAUCAUCCAUGCUGCAUUUCGAAUUUCAUCAGGUGCAGCACGUUCCAAGGCCCUGAACACCUGUGGCUCCCACCUGCUGGUCAUCUUCACUGUCUACUCCUCCACCAUGUCCUCAUCCAUCGUCUACCGCGUGGCCCACAAAGCCUCCCAGGACGUGCACAACCUUCUCAGUGCCUUCUACCUGCUGCUCCCAUGUCUGGUCAACCCUGUCAUCUAUGGGGCCAGGACCAAGGAAAUCAGGCAGCACCUGGCAUCUCUGUUUCAAAGGGCACAGCUGCAGGUCCCCACUGAGAAGCCCCAGUCCCUGCCCUCACAUAGAGAGCUUCCUGCCUGA